AUGGCUGCACAGACGGGGAUUGAGGCUGCUCUGGCCAAGAUCAUGGAGGUUGUUCAGAAGCAGAAUGACGAAAUGUCUGAGCUGCGCCAGGAGUGCGCCCAGCUGCGCCAGUCCAACGGCGAGAUUGGCCAGCUUCUAAGAGAGGCCGUCCUGGGUCGUCGCGAGAGCACUGGCCUCGCAGUCUUCACCCCCGGUGGUGAUGGUUCCCUGCGGUCAUUCAGCCCUCACCCGUUGCCCGAGCUGUCUCCGGCCAUGAGAUACAUCCCGCCGCCUUCGCCCAGCCCACAGCUAACCGUUCCUGCCAUGGACCGUGAAAUCCCUGGCUUCUACGUCAUUAUUCCUGCCGGCGGUGCUGGUACUCGUCUCUGGCCUCUAUCCCGCGAAAACCACCCCAAGUUCCUCUUGGACAUUGACCUCUCCGGACGCAGCUUGCUCCAGUCGACAUGGCACCGUCUCGUCCCUCUGGCCGGACCAUCCCGCAUGACUGUUGUGGCUGGGCCGAGCCACUCUGAGGCCAUUCGGAAACAGCUCCCCCAGCUCGAGUCCGACAACCUCUUUACUGAGCCUGGUCCCAAGGACUCGAUGGCUGCCAUUGGCCUUGCUGCGGCCAUCCUCCUGCACCGCAAUCAGGAUGCCGUCAUUGGAUCCUUUGCCGCCGAUCACAUGAUUGCAGGCGAGGACGCCUUCCUCAACUCGGUCACCGAAGCCGUCAAGGUCGCCAAGGAGGGAUUCCUUGUUACCAUUGGUAUUGCUCCGUCGCACCCUGCCACUGCUUUCGGUUAUGUCAAGCUGGGUGACAAGCUGGAUGUUCCCAGCGCUCCUACAGCCCGCUUGGUCAGCUCGUUCAAGGAGAAGCCCGAUGCUUAUACUGCCGCCAAGUAUUUGUCAUCCGGCAACUACCGCUGGAAUGCGGGCAUGUUCGUCACCAAGGCUUCUACAUUGAUGGACUUGGUGCACGAGUAUGAGCCCGAACUGCACAAUAACUUGAACAGAAUUGCAAAGGCUUGGGAGGACAAGACGCAACGGGAGACUAUUCUCAACGAGGUGUGGCCUAGUUUGGAGAAGGUGGCCAUCGACAAUGCUAUUGCAGAGCCCGCUGCCGCCGAAGGCCGAGUUGCCGUCAUUCCUGCUACUUUUGGCUGGGACGAUGUGGGCGACUUUUCUUCCCUCGCCGAAAUGCUUCCUGCCGAGGUCAACUCGCCCAGGAUUCUUGGCGACCGCAACUUGGUUGUUGCCCAACAAGCCCCUGGCGGCAUCGUCGUUCCCGGGUCUGGCCGUCUGGUUGCCUGUCUCGGUGUCGAUGACCUCGUCAUUGUCGACGUGCCGGAUGCACUCAUGGUCACCACCCGUGCUCGAGCACAGGAAGUCAAGUCGCUCGUUGCCAGCUGCCGUAAAGCUGGGUUUAAAAAUCUCAUGUAA